AUGCGUGAAGAAUCGAGACAAUUGGGCCAGUGGGAAGAGCGCGAACAGGUGAGAGACUGGAAAUACUGGAAAGAGAUAGAGCAUAACCUCGACGAUUUCAUUUAUUUAGAGGAUUUGUCUGAAGAUGAAUGGUUUGAAGCGGGUGAGGUUGAGGAAGAAGAAUCUGACGACAAUGGAUCUGACGACGAUAAAUCUGAAGAUGAAGCACCCAAAGAUGAUUGGUCUGGAAGCGAAGUGUCUGAGGGUGAUAGAUCACCCAGUCCGAACGGUAUGGACAUAGAUUUGCCGGAACCCACCAGCGAAGAUCUCACUCUUCAGGUCUCAGCGCUUCAGAUUUCUGGCAAAAGGCCAGACGGUGAAGGUGGCGGAGUGACAAGGACGGCCAAGAAGCGUGCUUUUCACGAUAGCGACGACACUGAUGAUGCAGUUGCGUCUGGUUAUCAGCGCGCAAAAGUCGAGCAUUGGCGAAAAUGCUACAAUAAGUAUCCGUGGAUGGGGUGA